ACGGUGAGUCGCAGAGGAGAGGAUGGGGAGGGAAGGGAAGGGAAGGAAGAGGGGGCUUCGUGAAGAGAAAAUUAAAGGGAAGGAAAAGACUUUGUCAAUGAUGACGUGACCACCAUCCCCACUAUAUCCAACAUCACUGGGCCACCAUUCGAUCUUCCAAACUCGUCGGAGAAUCAUUUUCAAUUUUUUUUUUUCCCCUUUCUCUAUUAAAAUUCAUUCAUCGAAAAUAAUUUCUUUUUAAUUUUGUUUUUCACCUCUCCCUUUCUUUAAUUACUUCUUAAAUCUCUCUGUACUUAUUCGCAAUUCAUCAUCUUUUUUCAUAACAAACAAAUUCUCUAUCUUGGGGCUUCCUUCAACAGGGAGGGCUUUUUCCUUUCUUGGGUUAUUACUGGUUUUUUGUUGGUCUCCAUAUAUAUAUGUAUUUUUUUUUUCAAUCAAUUACUUUGUUGUUUUUGUGGGUUUGGUUUGUUUUGAGGUUUCUUGAAGUGGGUUUGUAUUAUUAUUAUUAUUAUUAUUUUGUGGGUUUGCUGUGAAUUUGUUGGAUUGGAUAAUAAGAAACCGUAGUUAUAAUGGGAAACGUAAAUGGAAGAGAAGAUGGGAAUGGUAACCAAUCUGGGGUGGACGAAGAAGUUGGUGGCGUUAGUGUUCAGGAAGAAGGAAUGGUCUCGCAUGGCCCUGCCCGUGGUGAGUCGUCCGAGUUAAUGGGUCAGUCUCCUCCUCAUAGUCCUAGGGCCACUCACUCACCUCUCAUGUUCACUCCUCAACUCCCUGUGGUUCCAUUGCAAAGACCUGAUGAGCUUCACAUUCCAAGCCCCUCGUGGAUGCAAACUACUUCAGGGUACGAAGACAUGUACUGUGAGCAAGGAAUUCCAACAAUGCUCACUUGGAGCCAUGGCGGCAAAGAAGUAGCUGUUGAGGGAUCUUGGGAUAACUGGAAGACAAGAAUGCCUCUGCAGAGAUCUGGAAAAGACUUCACUAUUAUGAAAGUACUGCCAUCUGGUGUUUACCAGUAUAGGUUUAUUGUUGAUGGGCAGUGGAGGUAUGCCCCUGAUUUGCCCAUGGCCCAAGAUGAUGCAGGAAAUCCUUAUAACAUUCUAGAUUUGAAGGAUUAUGUUCCAGAGGAUAUUGGAAGCAUUUCUAGCUUUGAACCUCCCCAGUCCCCAGAUUCAAGCUACGACAGUAUGCAACUUGGAUCUGAAGAUUUCGCCAAGGAGCCGCCAUUGGUUCCUCCACACCUACAGAUGACACUGCUUAGUGUGCCGGCACCGUACAUGGAGAUUCCACUUCCUUUGUCGAGACCUCAACAUGUAGUACUUAAUCAUCUUUACAUGCAAAAAUGGAAGAGUGGCCCGUCGGUGGUGGCACUUGGUUCAACACAUAGGUUUCUAGCCAAGUAUGUUUCAGUGGUGCUUUACAAGUCCUUGCAGAGGUGAACAUAGACAUAUAUAUAUAUAUAUAUAUAUAUAUUCUGUGUGGACUUGGUAGAUUCCUUGAUGCAGUUAGUAUAAUUUUCAGAUCUAAAUGCCCUUCUAGUUGGCUUAUGUAAGCCUAGGAAGGAGUAACAGAUGAGAUUUCAAAGAUUGUAUCUCAGAUGAUGUAAUUUUCUUUUGACUGCUGAUCCAGCUUUUUCUUCACCUUCA